CCUCCGGCUCAGGCGCUUCCGGCUUCACGGGCCGUAGGUUCCUCGCUGGGCUCAUGCGCCGUACCGAAGUGUUCUUUGGCGCACCGGAAGCCACAGGAAAAGAGCGAUGGCGGGUUUGACUGUGAGAGACCCUGCGGUGGAUCGUUCUCUACGUUCCGUGUUCGUGGGGAACAUUCCUUAUGAGGCUACUGAAGAGCAGUUAAAGGACAUCUUUUCUGAGGUUGGACCUGUUGUUAGUUUCAGGUUGGUUUAUGAUAGGGAGACAGGAAAGCCAAAAGGUUAUGGCUUCUGUGAAUACCAAGACCAGGAGACAGCACUUAGUGCCAUGCGAAACCUAAAUGGGCGUGAAUUUAGUGGGAGAGCACUUCGAGUGGACAAUGCUGCCAGCGAAAAGAACAAAGAAGAGCUGAAGAGCCUUGGAACUGGUGCCCCUGUCAUUGAGUCACCUUAUGGAGAGACCAUCAGUCCUGAGGAUGCCCCUGAGUCCAUUAGCAAAGCAGUUGCCAGCCUUCCACCAGAGCAGAUGUUUGAGCUGAUGAAACAGAUGAAGCUCUGUGUCCAGAAUAGUCCUCAAGAAGCACGGAACAUGCUGCUUCAGAACCCUCAACUGGCUUACGCUUUGCUACAAGCACAGGUAGUCAUGAGAAUUGUGGAUCCAGAAAUUGCCUUGAAAAUUCUGCAUCGCCAGACAAAUAUCCCUACGCUGAUUGCAGGCAACCCUCAGACAGUCCACAGUGCCGGACCUGGCUCAGGAUCCAGUGUGUCGAUGAACCAGCAGAAUCCUCAGGCACCUCAGGCCCAGACUUUGAGUGGAAUGCAUGUCAAUGGCGCACCUCCUCUGAUGCAAGCUUCCCUGCAGGCUGGAGUUGCAGCACCAGGGCAGAUACCAGCCACUGUAACAGGACCUGGCCCUGGUUCCUUAGCUCCUGGAGGAGGAAUGCAGGCCCAGGUUGGAAUGCCAGGAAGUGGACCAGUGUCCAUGGAGCGGGGACAAGUGCCAAUGCAAGACCCCAGAGCAGCUAUGCAGCGUGGGCCCUUGCCUGCCAACGUCCCAACGCCUCGAGGUCUGUUGGGAGAUGCUCCAAAUGACCCACGCGGAGGCACUUUACUUUCUGUAACUGGAGAGGUAGAACCUAGAGGUUACCUGGGACCACCUCAUCAGGGUCCGCCCAUGCACCAUGUCCCUGGCCAUGACAGCCGUGGCCCACCCCCACAUGAGAUGAGGGGAGGGCCAUUAACUGAGCCCAGACCUCUAAUGGCAGAGCCAAGAGGACCCAUGAUAGAUCAGAGGGGUCCACCCUUGGAUGGCAGAGGUGGAAGAGAUCCCCGAGGCAUAGAUGCACGAGGGAUGGAGGCACGAGCCAUGGAGGCUAGAGGAUUAGAUGCUAGAGGAUUAGAAGCCCGUGCAAUGGAGGCCCGUGCAAUGGAGGCCCGUGCAAUGGAGGCCCGCGCUAUGGAGGCUCGUGCAAUGGAAGUCAGAGGAAUGGAGGCCAGAAGCAUGGAUACAAGGGGCCCAGUGCCAGGCCCAAGAGGCCCUAUACCUAGUGGAAUCCAAGGUCCCAGUCCAAUUAACAUGGGGGCCGUUGGACCCCAGGGAUCCAGACAGGUCCCAGUCAUGCAGGGAGCAGGCAUGCAAGGAGGAAGCAUUCAGGGUGGAGGCCAGCCUGGUGGCUUUAGUCCUGGCCAGAACCAAGUCACUCCACAGGACCAUGAGAAGGCUGCUUUGAUCAUGCAGGUUCUUCAACUAACUGCAGACCAGAUCGCCAUGCUGCCUCCUGAGCAGAGGCAGAGUAUCCUGAUCUUAAAGGAACAAAUACAGAAAUCUACUGGAGCUCCUUAAAGGUUUUCAAAAAUACCUGGCAACAGAUACGGAAAUUAAUUCCAUAACUUUGUUGAAAUGUUGCAAAAAGAUGAUUUCUGCAUCCUAACCCUUGAAUGACUCAAAUUGGUGCCAGGUGGAGGACUUCUAUCACCUUCUCUCAGAACAAAAUCAGAUCAUUCUGUUGUCUUAGUUUGUAUAUUUUCUGUGACUUGAAAUAAACUUUGAACACAAUUUUAGUAUACUGCAAAUUGAUAUGCAUAACCUUUUUGCUUUUAAAAGGCUGAACUCCAAGGGUGAAACCUCACAUGUGUUUUCUACCCUUACUGCAGUAUUGUACUUUAAUGUUGCAUAGCUGUUUUUCCUUUUAAGUUAACCAUUUAUUCUUCUUAAUGAUAUUUGAGAAUUUCUCAGAAGCAGGGUUUUCUGGAACUUAGUUUUUGCUUAGUUUGCUUCCAACAAGAAUAAUAAUAUUUGACCUUUGAGAACUUGCUAGAGCUUCUGAGUCUACUCAGAAAAUAGCAUGUGCUUAGAGCUGUAAAAUGGUCAGAAGGCCAGCAAAGCAAAGAGCCUACAUAGAAGAGCAGCAUAUUUAGUUUAGAAAUAUCCAAAUAUCAAAAUGCAUUUUUUGGUCAGUACCAGGAAGGGGACAACAGAGGAUGAGAUGGUUGGAUGGCAUCACCAACUCAGUGGGCAUGAAUUUGAGUAAACUCCGGGAGUUGGUGAUGGACAGGGAGGCCUGGCAUGCUGCAGUCCAUGGGGUCACAAAGUUGGACAAGACUGAGUGACUGAACUAAAAUGAACUAAAGUCUAUUCACAUACAUAGUUCAGAGUUAAGACAAGGACGAUGUAUGAUCACUGGUUUUAAUGUGUCAGCAACACAAGAGACUGUUGACAUUUUCUUGUUCUAAAACUCUUCAGUCUAGGUAGUUAACUUUAAAAGUUUAGAAAGCCACUAAUUUUUCCCAUGUUCAAGAUGAAAUAAACACUGAACAGAAAUCAAACAAUUCAUUUCAUCUUGCCUUCUAAAUAAUUACUAAUCUGCAGCCCUACCCAGUAACCAAAUUUAUUCUGGGAAAUUAAAACAUAGAAAUUCUAAAAUUUUUACAUUUACAUUUUUCUCAUUUAUUUCAAAAGGACCAAAUGUAUAAGCAGUCAGAUUGCCCAUUAGGUCUGACCCUGCCUGCUUCCUUUCAGAUGGGUGUGAACACAAUCAGUGCCACUGGCUAUAAGCUACAGCUCUUUCGGCCUAGUAUUCUCUCUCCUAGUGGCAUUAAGGAGAAACAUGAUUUAUCUCCAUCAGGCCAACCUCAAGAGGUUAAGAGGUGCCUUAAUAAUUAGUAAAGUUCCACUGGAACUACUCCUAAGUCUAUUUAUAUUCUCAAAGUCCUAGCCUCUGCGUUAGGAUUAUGGUCAAGUGAAUUAAAAGCCUGCCAUAGGUGUGGAGAAUGUAAUAGCAUAUUGCUUACAUGUCAAGCAAAAGAAUGCAAAGAUAAUCAAAAUUAUGAGGGACAUUAAAAUUGAGAAAUUUUCUACUCAUAUAUAAGCAUUUACUACAACAAAAGUUUGCUGAGAAAGAUACUUGAUAAUUGCAACCUGGGAAGAAAAACUUGCUCAAAACAGCUGAGAAGCUUUCUAGGUAGCCUGUUCAUCCCUAAUUUGGGCUUAGCUGUUGAUGUAUGUAGGAUUUAUUAUUAUCAUUACCUUUUCUGCCAGCUUCCAUGAACAUUCUAGGCCUUGAUAUGUUUAUUUUAGCAGCAGUCAUGUCUUGUGUCAACAUAUUGAGACAUCAAGACCGAGAGUACAGCCUUUCUCCUUAGGAACUCAUUAUAAUAAGUUUUAAGGAACACUAAGAUUCCAAAUCAGACUCAUUGGAGAUCAAAUUAUAAUUUGGUCAGCAGUUGUCUAAUAGGAACCAAAUCAUCAAGGCAGCAGUGUGCAUGUUCCUGAACCCUUAUUAAAUUUAAAUUAGCUAAAAUCCGGGAAAUUGGUAACAGCAGGGGUAUCCCAAUCUAUUCUCUAGGAAACGUCCAUUAGUAUUUUUUCUUGAUGUCCAGUUAAUACAUGAAACACAGCUACCAUGAGUUCAUGACCUUCCUUUAUUUUGUUCAGACUAGUGACUGAAAAAAAUCGGUUUUUCUAAUCCUUCAAGUCUUGUAGGUUUCUGGACAGUUAGAAGCAAUCAUUCAUUUUUGGUCACAGUGGUAGAGAGAUAGGUGUGCUAAUGUUAAUUCAGUAGAAACAUUCUUGUAAAUCUUAUGAUUUGAAUUGUCUUUGAGCACAACAAAAUGUGUGUUAGUUUUCCUCUUUUAAGAGCCCCAGUCUUUCCUUCUACUGGUUCACUGUGACUACUGACACCCUAGAGCCAGGUGCAUGGACGAAAUAAAAGAGCAUUUUGAUAGGAGAAAGAAAAGGCAUUUUGCUUAUAUUACUGAACGAUUCCUUAAUAGGUACAUAGGAGCCAAAGAAAUGUUGUCAAAAUUUUAAAUUAUCUUUUUAAGACAUUAAUAACUCCCGUUGAUUAAAAUGGUAAUAAAGAGUCCUUGUUGACUAAAUAAUCAUCCUAAGAUGGAGUUCAGGUUUUCACAAUUAUUUCCAACAGAACAAGGCAAGUUAAUGACAACAUAGCUGGCUUUCAAUUAUGAUACAAUUUCAGUUACAAUUAGCAUACUUUAAAGAUUAUCUUUCCUAAAUGGAGAGCCUAGAUAAAGUAACAAAAGAUUUAUUCAUUAAACAGAGGAAAAUCUUUCAUUUUUUGAUAAGCAAAAAUAAGGAAAGCAUAAGUUGCCAUUCACACUGGAUAAGACCAUGUUUAACAGAAUGUACAUACUGUUAUAUAGGGAUUGAGUUCUUGAUAAUUUUAUAUUUGUUUUACUAUUUAUGUUUAUUAUAUUUUGUCAUUAAUUCUUUAAUAAAAUUUUAUUUGAAAAAAAAA